UUGUGUUGCAAUCUCUGGUGUUGGCACUUCUACCCAGAGUAAAACGGAAAAAUGAGUAAACAAAAGGAAAAGGAUGCCUCCGCCGUAAAGCGCAUCAGUGAAAAGAAGCUGGAAGCCUUUACAGUGGGCACCUUCUCCAAGCGGCAACUGUCGAAGAAGGAGUUAGAGGAGCAAAAGAAAAAAGAAGAUGCGGCUGCUGCGGCGCAUGCUUUCAAGGAGUUUGUAGAAACUUUUCAGGAGGCCCCCACUCCCUCGUCGAAAGUGUGGGUUAAAGCAGGCACUUACGAUGCUGGUUCCAGGCGCGAGGAUAAAAGCGAAAAAGGAAAGCUAUAUAAGCCUGGUUCAAAGCUUGUCGAGAAAAGUGCCGCCGAGAAGGCCGAGGAAUAUGCUAAAUUACUGGCCUCGGAUCUUAAAAAAGAUUCUGGUCCCCUGAAAAAGAAGAACCAAGAAAAAAAGAAAAGCAAUUUGGAACUAUUCAAGGAAGAGCUGCGGCAGAUCCAAGAAGAGCGCGAGGAGCGUCACAAAUACAAACAUCUAGCUGUCUCCCAUGUUGCUUCAUCACAAGCACAGCAAAGCCAAAGUAGUUCAGAUAGUGGCGGUGGCGGUGGCGGAGGAGGAGGCGGGAGCAACUCCUCAUCCUCCAGUAACUCGCAACAGACGUCAGGGGCCCACCCAUCUGGUUCAUUUGAUACUGGAGAUCCCAAUACAACAAAUCUGUAUUUGGGCAAUUUAAAUCCAAAAAUAUCUGAACAACAAUUGAUGGAGAUUUUCGGUCGUUAUGGUCCGCUGGCCAGCAUUAAGAUUAUGUGGCCCCGUUCCGAGGAGGAGAAACAACGUGGACGUAAUUGUGGUUUUGUGGCCUACAUGAGUCGCAAGGAUGCUGAGCGAGCACUAAGAACGCUUAAUGGUCGUUAUGUCAUGGGCUAUGAGAUGCGUUUGGGUUGGGGCAAGACGGUGCCGAUUAUGAAUACACCCAUUUUUGCUCCGCAGGCUCUGCUAGAGUUGACUAUUCCUCCCCCACCAUCUGGCUUACCAUUUAAUGCCCAACCCCCUCUUAGUGAAAAGGAUACUUUGCCAAAGAAGAAUUACAAAGAGUAUGACAGCAUAGAGGAAAAGGAGAACAUGGAAAGGAUUCUUCAUAAAUCCGUGGUCAAAGUUUUUAUUCCUACAGAGAAAUCUGUUUUAAAUGUUAUCCACCGCAUGAUUGAGUUUGUUAUACGUGAGGGACCCAUGUUUGAGGCUCUUAUCAUGAGUCGAGAAAUGGAAAAUCCGCUUUUCUCUUUCCUUUUUGACAACGAAAGCCCAGCUCAUAUAUACUAUCGCUGGAAGCUCUUCUCACUUCUUCAAGGGGAUACACCCACAGAGUGGCGUGAGAAGGAGUUUCGCAUGUUCAAAGAAGGCCCUGUAUGGCGGCCACCUGUUGCCAAUUUCUAUACACAAGGAAUGCCCGAUGAUCUAGUGGUGGAUCCUGAUGCUCCAGUAGUCCACAAGGGUGCUCUAUCCAAUGCGCAACGCGAUCGUCUUGAAGAUCUGAUCAGACACUUGACUCCGGAACGGGCACGAAUAGGUGAUGCAAUGAUUUUCUGUAUUGAGCAUGCCGAUGCAGCCGAUGAAAUAUGCGAAUGCAUAGCGGAAUCUUUGGCAAAUGCCACUACAUUGGCAUCCAAGAAGAUAGCUCGGCUUUACCUACUUUCGGAUAUUUUGCACAAUUGUACUGUCAAAGUGGCUAAUGCAUCAUUUUUUCGCAAAUCAGUGGAAAAGCAAUUGAUCGAGGUAUUUGAGAGUCUGCAUACAUACUAUUUAAAUAUUGAAAGUCGACUCAAAGCCGAAGGCUUCAAAUCACGCGUUUGCAAUGUUAUUAAAACAUGGGAGGAGUGGACUAUUUAUCCCAAGGAAUUUCUAGCCCAACUGCGGUCCACGUUUUUAGGCAGACAGUUUGUUCCACAGCCCCAAGCUUCACCACAGGCCGAGGAAUCGCGCUCAGAAGAGGCUUUUGAUGAGGAUAUAGAUGGAGCACCGCUUUCAGGUGAAGAAAAGGACGACGAAGAUCUCGAUGGUGUUCCACUUGAUGGAGCCGCUUUGCUUAAAAGCGCCCUAAAGCGAGCAAUGCCAGACGCGGCGAAUUCUCAACGAGAAACUCAUAAGAGAGACGAGUAUCACGACGAAAUUGAUGGCAUACCGUUGGAUGAGGAUGUAGAUGGCGUCCCUCUGGAAAAGAUGUCAAAGCCUACGGAGAAGGUCAAAUUACCAGGAUUUAUUCCAUCGAAAUGGGAAACUGUUGAUCCGCAACAAGUCGAAGCACAAGCCAUAACCACCAGCAAAUGGGAUACAUUGGAUCCACCAGAUCCACCAAAGUUUUUCAGCUCUGAUGAGGACAGCGAUGGCGAUAGCUCCGAAAAAUUCAAAGAAGAGAAGCGUCAAAAGUUACGAGAUAUUGAAUUAAAGGCCAUUCAAUAUCAAGACGAACUGGAGUCGGGCAAGCGACGCUUAGAGCCUGGUUGGACCUUAUUCGAACAAGUUGAAUACUUUCGCAAACGCUUGCUUACCCAGGACUCAAGAUCAGAAACUGUGGACUCUCCGCUCAGUUACAUGCACUCUUCCUCCUCCAAAUCACGCAGCUCUAAACGAAGCGAGAGUCCGGCUCAUUACAGCUCCAGCUCACGUAAACGUUCGCACUCUCCAGCAGGAGAAGGUAGUCGCCGACGGGACUAUUCGCCGGAUACAUCACGCAGCUCUCGUUCCUCUAAGCGUGAUCGACGGGAAGACUCGUAUGGAAGCAAUUCCUCUUCCCCUACCAGACAUCGCGCAGAGAAAACAAGCAAGCUGAAGUACAGACACUAAGCAAGGCGGUUAACGAAUAAACUAUAAUUAAAUUUUGA